UUUAAUGUGUCUUUUUUAUUUUUUUUAAGUGUAUAAAAUAUUGUUUUUUUCCUUUUAUAAUAUAAUACAUUCUCUAAGAAGUGGAUAAUUAGAAUGAAGAUGAGUUGUCAUCAACACAAUGGAGAGAAAAGGAAAAUAAGUCAUAUUUUGUUGUCUAUUGUUUGUGAUCAUAUGCAUGUAAUAUAAACGAGUUGUCAUGUGUCAACUGUUGGCAUUCCGUUCUCUCUAAAGAGGUUUCCAUGUGGGAGAAGAGUCUCGAUUUUGCCAACAAAAGCCACGCCAUUUCAAUUCCCCUCUCACGCGGCUUCCCCCCGCUUUGGUCGCCUUCGGCCCUCCUCCCUCCUCCCGAAGUCCACAGGCGACAUUUAGGAGGAAGAGAUUGUUCUCCGCGAGCUUCCGUUUCCGUUCAUCGUUUCCGAUCCCAAAGGAGCUCCCUUUCCCCUUCGUCAGCUGCCAUUAGGACAUAAUUUUCUUCCUCCGAGGCCGCUUGUUUGGGACAUCAGCUCGUUUGUGUCGAUUUACUCGAAAGGGGAGGGCAUCGUGGGCGAUUCGAGGUUCCUCUUGGCGACGUUGGGGCUUUUCUCUUACGUAACUCGUUCUUUGGCAUGAUUUGCUCCAUCUCCUGGCACGAUGCUCGUGGCAUUCAUCCUGUUUGGCAACUCAAAGGCGGUGAUCUUUGGCGCGAUUUGAUCCGUUUCUUGGUUUCUCGGAGAGAAAAGUAGACAUUUUUUAGCAUUAUAAUUCGGAGGUCCGAGUCUGUUUUAUUAUUUCAACAAGGGAAAGGAUCGAUUUUUGAGCAUCCUCUGGAUUCUCAGCAACGCGUUGAGGCACGUGUAGUCCCCAGGCGCGGGUCUUGGUUUGCACCUUUCGUUAAGGUGGCUGCUUUCCGAUUUUAGCUUUCUGGAAUUCAUCUGGUCAAGGAGCAAUAGGUCGCAAAAAAUUGAAGGAUUUUUCGCCUUUUCCGCUUCUGCUGAUUCUUGUCGUCGAAGAUAAGCAUUUUCUUUCAGGAAACCUCAUCUGGGCUCUUGGUUCUGGAGAUAAAGAAAAAGAUGCCACUGUUUUCUUAUUUCUGAGCGAGGAAAAAAGUGCAACGUUUUGAGCUAAUUCCCAUGAUGUUUUGGGAGGUGAUUGGGAUAACAUAUUUAUGACAUGAGAAGAUUAGUCUUUGCCUCUAACAUCUGUCAGAGAGAUUAUGGCUAUAAGCAGGAAAGCUUCGGCCGUUGCAUGUAUGGUCUUGUUUUCCGUUCUCGUGACAAAAGUUUGGCCGGGAAGACAGAGCCAAUUCUUCAAUUUGGCUGAUUCUUUUGUUCCCAAUAUGGUGGAAAAGAUGUUGCUUGAUUGUGGUCUACAUCCAAAAGAUGUAAAAGAAAUUAUGAAAAAAUUAGACUUCUCCCUUUUGGACGACAUGAUCAAAGAUUCCAGACAAAACCAAGUAAAAGUGGGGUUGCUUGCAAAAGACAAUGAAGAAAAAGGAGAGAAGAACUCUAUGAGAAAUUGGUACUAUAAUCUUGAACCAUUAAUCAGACGUUAUCCCGCUUCAAGGAGGAAUCUGGCUGAUCACCCUACACCAACCAUGGUCCCUACCCAUGCACCACCAACGUUUUGUUCCCCUGCUUAUGCUUCAGCUUCAUUUCCAUAUGUUUCAUCUGGCCCUUCUAAGUCUAGUCCAGCACCUCCCUCUAUCCUAAGACCUGCACGUACGCUAACCCAUGCUUCCAGUAAAUUUGUUCCACCAGCUUUCGAUGAAAUGAGCCCAGAUGAAACUGCAGAUUUUCUAGCUAAGGAGCAAGAGGAAACCAACAAAACAAUUGCUGUUGCAGUUGCUUUAAGCGUAGCAGGAACCUCUUUUGUUGCAGCAAUUCUGUUUAUUCUAUAUAUUAAUUGCCGUAGAAAAAAAGUUUACUCAAGUAAUGACUUGAAGGAUGACAAGCCACUCCUAAGUUUGAGUUUGAGUGACUUCUCUGAUUCUUCACAAAACUCUGGCAUAGCAACUUCGAGUGAGAAGAAUAAGUCAGGAGUUUUGUCUCUCAAAUCCGAAUCAAUCCAAGUUGGUGAUGCUUCACCCUUGAGUGUUGGCUCAGCUGAGGUUCCAUCAUCCAAAUUACACUCUGGACAUUUAAGUUCAUCUAUGGAGCUAUCUGGUGCACCAACCAAUGGACCAGCAGAAAAGCCCACUUCCAAACCUCCACCUCCGCCUCCGCCUCCUCCUCCACCUUCACCUCUACCUCGAUCACCACCUUCACCUCCAUCUCCAUCUUCACCUUCACCUCCACCUCCACCUCCACCU